AUGAAGGCGAUUUGCAACUGCGUUUUUAUCACGAUUUUCCUUCUUACGAAUGUUAUUGACCAAACAAAUGCAGCUUGGGAAGGAUAUGUUUACGACAGUCUCACCGAUAGGCGCAUACCAUUGGGUGGCAGUGGACAUGGUGGUCCAAGAGAAGAUCCCUUUGCCAACGGGCCAGUUUACUCGACUUAUUAUGACCCUAGUACUGGUCAAUACGGUAAAAUUCUGAUUUCUCCUCCUGGGGAAGAGGGCCAAUCUCACGCCUGA